GGCUCAUCUCCCCAUCCAUACUACCAGGGCCAGAGACUUUCUCUCUCUCUCGCUCGUAGCCCGUUUAUUGUUUUGUCUUACCUGAAUCUCUACCAUGGCUGCUGCUGGCGUCGCGACGACCACUGGCCUCAUGGGCAUGUGGAACGGCACCAAGGACGGCCGACCCGAAGGCUAUAUCGACUGGGCCAGCGGCAAGACCAACGUCCACGACCCGCUGGAGGUCAGGAUCGAGGUCCAGGACAUGCGGACGCUGGACCCGCAGCCGAACUACGAGAGCAACGGCUACGGCAUCGUCAAGCACAAGUCCUCCUUGACGCCGGAGCAGUUCUUGGCCGGGAACGACCCCGAAGGCAAGAAGUACAUCGAGGACGUGUACUUCAAGGAGGUGGCGGAGCUGGUGCGGCAGGUGACGGGGUCGGAGACGGUGGUGCCGUACGUGUUCCGGAUCCGGCAGAACAGCAUGCGGGCGGGCGAGUUCGCGGCGAACCGGCUGUCGCACGCGGCGCUGCCGGUGGCGCACGUGGACCGGGACGCGGUCACGGGCGAGGACGGGGUGCGCGAGGUGCUGGGCGAGGUGGCGGACGAGCGGAUCGCGCGCGGCCGCCGCUACGCCCAGGUCAACGUCUGGCGCACCGUCGACCGCCCCGUCCAGAAGUGGCCCCUCUGCUUCAUCGACCACAGCGCCGUCCCCGGCUGGGGCUACGACUCCCACCUCGCCCGCGUCUACCCCGCCAACGACCCCCGCAUCGCCAUCCGCGGCGAGAAGAAGCACGACAGCGUCGUCAAGUACGACCCCGGGUACAAGUACCACUACGUGAGCCGGCUGGACGUGGACGAGGCGCUGGUGUUCUCGUCGUUCGACUCGGACGUGACCAAGGUGACGCCGCACGGCGCCUUCUGGGACGACGCGAGCCCGGACGACGCGCCGACGCGCCGCUCCAUCGAGGUCCGCUGCUGGGUCUUCUUCGACGACUGAAUCGGGUCCUGGGCGCAGGAGGAGGAUGGGAGGAUGAAGCAAGAAAGAACUAAAGAAGAAGAAAAAAAUUAAUAAUAAUAAGCCGAGGGCUGGGUGGGUGGCGGGUUGGCGGUCGCGGCUUGCGUUAGCGAGGAUCGUCGGCGACGAGAGCAGGAUUCAAUUACGUCUGCGCGCGCGCCUCUGUCAGUACGGCUGGCUGGCUGGCUGAAGGCAUUAGAAAUGUAUGUGCGCGCGCCUGUGU